GGUCAAUCAUAACACCAAACAAUGAACCACUCAAUUCGUCCCCAAGACCACUACGAAGAUUAAAAAUGGAACGAACAGCUAGGGCCUUAUUCAUUUUCCAGAUUCUCAUUUGUGUGACCGUCCGGAAUUUUUUAGCUUCAUCCUUUGCGCCGAUUGCAAACACUGUGGGAGCACGAAGGUAUCGCCUUUUUCGUAUGAAAUCUUCGUUGUCAGCUAAGGAUUUGAAGAAUCUUUCUUCUGGUAAAAUCAUAGGCCCAGAAAUCCCCUCGGUCGAAGUUUCAUCGAAAAGAUUAUUUCUGGUUAGACAUGGUGAAGUCAUCAACCCAGGUGAGAGGAGACAAGGCAUCUAUUUUAAAUCCGAAGCGUUGCAUUCAGUGCAUAUAUGAUACGAUGCAAAUCAUUGCGUGUGCGUGGAUAGAGCACGUACGAAUACUAAUUUAUUGGACGACUCGCAUCGUACGAUGACACUGUUCUUCAAUUUUAGGUGGAGAUCGGCCGGUAUAUUAUGGGGCUUUGGACGUCUCCUUAUCACCUCUGGGAGAAGCCGAAGCAAAGGCUGCAGCGAUGUACCUCGAACAAUUUGAUCUCGAUCUUGUUGUAAGUAGCCCCUUGUCACGGGCGGUCUAUGGCGCGGAGCAAGUGCUAUCAUUACAAAAAGAUCUUGAUACGCCCGUUGUUAGAAUGGAGGGAUUCAAAGAGCUUGAUCGGGGAUCUUGGUGUGGGAAAACGAAGGAAGAAAUUGGUUUGGAAGCAAUGGCAAAAUUUGACGCUUGCGAUGAAAGUGUUACUCCAGAGGGUGGCGAAUCGUACCCUUUUCUAAAGACACGCGUGCUCGAAGAUAGAGAUGCAGUUCUAGAUGGGUUGCCAGCGGGUGGAACUGCUGCUAUUGUUUCUCAUUUACAGGUAACAAGAAGUAUGCUCAGUGACGCUCUUGGUAUUCCAACUGCGAAGAUGGCAGGAUUGGGGAUUGCGACGGCUAGCGUGACUUGUAUCGAUUAUAAUCCAGAUGGAUCCCAAACCGUCCAUUUUCAGAGUUUCAAACCCGAUGUUGGUCUCGAAAAAAGUGUAGACGGUGCAAACUAGCUUUUAGGUAAGAGUAGCUUUCAAGAAGUACGUAACAAAUGCCGGUACAAUUGGAACAUUUGAUAUCGAUAUCAACGAAAUUUCUUACGAGUUUUAAUUAAGAUUGAUUGAAUAGCCUAAGGCGCACUUCAGUUUUGUAAAUUUUCCAUCUCAGACUAUCAUUUCAUGCUUUGCUAGAUAGAACUUAAUUUUAAUUGUGUUUUCAAAUAUCUGUCUAAUCCUGAUCUUCUCUUUUUGCAUUGCUGGAUUCAAUAAUAUUGUUCUUGAAGU